UCACCUAUCUAAAAAUGAAGGUCCAUAACCACAUAAAUAUGAGAGAUGGAAGUUCACUCAAUCCUUCAACUAUCUUAUUGGAAGACAUCCACGUGGCAGAAACCCAUUAACUGCUUAUCUACAAUCCUACUCUUUCACUUCCCAUCCCACUGUCUUCCCCUCACUUAGUUCCUCCUACCAAAAAAAAAAAGAAAAAGCCAUCAAAUCUCUUUGCAAAUUACAGCAUCAAAUCAUGGAGACUAGCAUGGCUUGUUGUUCUAGAAGCAUUGUGCUCCCUAGAGUCUCCCCUCAACAUUCAUCUGCUCUUGUGCCUUCAUCUAUCAACCUCAAGAGUCUAAAAUCAAGCUCGCUCUUCGGAGAAUCAUUGCGGAUGACAACCAAGUCAUCGGUUAGGGUGAACAAGGCAAAGAACUCUUCCCUUGUAACCAAAUGUGAACUUGGUGACAGUUUGGAGGAGUUCCUAGCAAAGGCAACCACAGAUAAAGGGCUGAUUAGAUUGAUGAUGUGCAUGGGAGAAGCAUUAAGGACCAUUGGCUUUAAAGUGAGGACUGCUUCAUGUGGUGGAACUCAAUGUGUUAACACCUUUGGAGACGAACAGCUUGCCAUUGAUGUGCUUGCUGACAAGCUUCUUUUCGAGGCAUUGAACUAUUCACACUUCUGCAAGUAUGCUUGUUCAGAAGAACUCCCUGAGCUUCAAGAUAUGGGAGGCCCCGUUGAUGGCGGAUUCAGUGUAGCAUUUGACCCCCUUGAUGGAUCCAGCAUUGUCGAUACCAAUUUCUCAGUUGGGACCAUAUUCGGGGUUUGGCCAGGUGACAAGCUAACUGGUGUAACAGGCAGAGAUCAAGUGGCUGCUGCAAUGGGAAUUUAUGGUCCUAGGACUACUUAUGUUCUCGCUCUUAAGGACUACCCUGGCACCCAUGAAUUUCUUCUUCUUGAUGAAGGAAAGUGGCAACAUGUGAAAGAAACAACAGAAAUCAAUGAAGGAAAAUUGUUCUGUCCUGGAAACUUGAGAGCCACUUCUGACAAUGCUGAUUAUGCUAAGCUGAUUCAAUACUAUAUAAAAGAGAAAUACACAUUGAGAUACACUGGAGGAAUGGUUCCUGAUGUUAACCAGAUCAUAGUGAAGGAGAAAGGUAUAUUCACAAAUGUAAUAUCACCUACAGCCAAGGCAAAGUUGAGGUUACUGUUUGAGGUAGCUCCUCUAGGGUUCUUGAUUGAGAAGGCUGGUGGUCACAGCAGUGAGGGAACCAAGUCUGUGUUGGACAUUGAAGUCAAAAACCUUGAUGACAGAACCCAAGUUGCUUACGGCUCCUUGAACGAGAUCAUCCGAUUUGAGAAGACACUAUACGGAUCCUCUAGGCUAGAGGAGCCAGUUCCUGUUGGAGCUGCUGCUUAACUCUAAGCUACUCAUGUUUCAUAUCCCCCCUUUUUGUCUAUAAAUUAACUUAGCCUUAAUUAUAUGGCUCUUUUCAUUUCAUCUUUGCAUUUCUUAUUACAUAUGAGUACAUGACAUAUAUUCAUGAUACGAAGUACGUUUCUUCAAGGAAAUGAGUUUCUAUGUGUCAAAUGACUCAAAUAUACCAAUACAUCAGUACUUGUUUCA